AUGAUCGCCAAACCCGGACGCCGUGAUCUCACGUCGCCUCGAGCCUGGAGACCCGUCUCUCUGCUCUCUUGCCUCAGUAAAGGACUAGAACGGCUGAUUGCACGUCGCCUAGCCUGGACAGCUGUGCACUUCAUCAUCCUGCACCCUCAGCAGGCCGCAGCGCCCCCCAAAAGGUCGGCAACAGACUUGGUGACUGCUCUCAUGCACGACAUCGAAGAAGCGUUUGCACGCAAAAAGCUCGUCACACUGGUCACGAUGGACAUCCAAGGUGCUUUCGACACCGUCAUGCGCAACAGGCUCGUACUGCGAUUUCGAGAACAAUGCUGGCCCGAUCACCUAGCUAGAUGGGUUGAGUCUUUCAUGAUGGAACGAUCAGCCCGGAUUAGAUACCAAAACACCACGACUCCACUUUCUCCUCUCUGGUGCGGCCUUCACUACGGCUCACCGAUAUUUUCAAUCCUCUUUCUACUCUACACUGAGCCAACCUACCGACUAGGCAUUCAUUAA